AUGUCGCCAAACCACAUAGCGGAAGCUGUCGCGAUGUGCGAGGAGCCCUGUGGCUCGGCAGCAUUGGAGGCUUGUCGCAUUGGCAUGGUCGAGGGUCUGUGCCAUCCAGAUUCCGAAUUCGUCAAGGCAUUCAGGCCCUGCGCGACAUGCUUGCAACAGAUCCCCCAGCUUCCUUUCAAGAUAGAACCGUCAGGCCUCUCUCCAUUUUUAUCAUUCUGCGGCAUAGAGAUCAGUCAUCUCAAGAUACGGCAGCCUCCCGAUGACAGUAAUACCGCAUCAUGGCAUUACAAGGUCCAUAUUGCGUCAACAUCUUCUGACCAGUCGACGACAUCCUCCAAUCCAUAUAUGUCUGCACCAAGUAUUUCGUCCGCAGAUUCAGAUAUCAAUGCAGCCAAAUCAGAUUUCCCUAACACUUGA